UAGUUCAGUACGAAACGAUUGACAAGCGGCAAUGCUUGAAACGAAAGCUAUUCGGUGUUUUUACGACUAACGAGUUUAAUUAUAUAUUUAAAUAGUGACAUUGGGUGUAUAUUUUAUAUAGAAAAAAAGUGCUGACAUAUUUUGGGAUUUGUUUAAAGUUCUCGAUAAAGUGCAAAAAACAACUCAAGUCAUAUAAACGGGUGUCGAUGAGUGAUUUAUUUAGGUUACACUUCAAUAUUUGUUUCAUCAAGUUAGUUUACAGCCUCUUUACAAAAUAUACACAUUAAAAUGACUGUUUGUUAGUUUUCGACUUUAUUACGCUACAAAUGCGUCGAAUGUAAAUUUAUAGCGAAUUAAAGAUUAAGAAGAAUAUUUUUCUGUUGGGCGCCAACAUCCUCCAAUCAGUUAAUGUUAAAAAAAGUUAUUUACGUAUUCUGACGCACAUUAAAAAUGAUGUAAAUUAAUCACACAUUACGAGCUCAAUAACUGAGAUUAGUUCAAUUGGAAAUAUAAACAUUUUAGUUUCUGAAUCGACAAGUCAAUAAUUGAUUUUAGUUUAAACGAAUACAUUGUUUUGAUUUCAUGGGAAGACUUUAAUUAGGGUCUUAAACUGUUUCUAAAUGGAGGCCAAAUAGUCAUAAGGAUAUCCGCUGUACGAAAAAUAUUUCCGCAACAUGUCAAACUAUCUAACGAAAUCCGUGACAAUAUUUGUGACUUUUUACUCGUUUACCUUGUGUCAAUCGAAUGAUUAUUAUUAUUCACAAGUGAUAAAAACACGUGAAGUGUUCCUUAAGAAGCAAGGAAUCAUACAGGGAACAAUAGUGCAAUUUAGGAAUUCUUCACUGUCUCCGGUGGAGGUGUACAGAGGCAUACCAUAUGCGGCGCCACCUAUAAACCAACUGCGAUUUAUGCCACCAAGAAGUCCAUCUUCCUGGCAGGGAAUAAAAUUUACACGAGACUUUGGACCAGUAUGCCCACAAAAAUUUCCAAAAGAGGACGAGAUGACUUCGGAGCGUAGAAGUUACGUAGAUCGUCUCAAAGAGUUCCUCAGAUACGAGAGUGAAGACUGUUUAUAUCUAAACAUUUAUGCACCCUAUCAAGAAUACCCCAGAAGCUAUCCAGUAAUUGUUUUCCUGCAUGGCGAGUCAUUUGAGUGGAACUCUGGAAAUCCUUAUGAUGGAGGAGUUUUAGCAUCAUAUGGACAAGUCAUUGUGGUCACCCUAAACUUUAGGCUAGGAAUACUUGGUUUUCUUAAAGUAGAAGCAGGCGAUACAACGCUUCAAAGUAACUUUGGCUUAGUGGACCAGUUGGCAGCACUACUAUGGAUAAAAGCAAAUAUUGCAGCCUUUGGAGGUGACCCCGGUAGGGUCACCUUAAUGGGUCAUGGUACUGGAGCGGUAUUUGCAAGUUUAUUAAGCAUAAGUCCUAUGGCAAUUUAUGAACAAAAUCAACAAUUAUUCCAUCGAGCAAUUUUAAUGAGUGGCACAGCUCUAUCCGAUUGGGCUCUAGUCUCAAAGCCCUUGGAUGUAUCCAUACAAGUUGCUCAAAUAUUAAAUUGUCAAUUAAUGGAUAAUUUUGCAGCUUGUUUGAGGAAAAAACGUCUGGAUGAACUUAUGGCAGCCACACCAAUAAUGGAGCCCUACAAAACCGCUUUUGGUCCUGUAGUUGAUAACUUUGUGGUGCCCAACAAUCCACAGAAAUCCAUGCUUAAUUAUACAGAUAUUUUUAAAAGAUUCGAACUAAUGUUUGGCGUUACGGAGCUAGAAAGUCUGCAUCUAUCCUUAGGUGGUGACCAAGCUCUAUUCUACGGCCUCUACGAGAGUAAGAGAGAUGAAGAGCUGCGCAAAUAUAUGCGUAUGCGUUGCGAAAUUAAACCAGAAGCAUGCUUUGCGCAAACUAGGGCUAGAUACAACUACGAAGACAGAAAUUUUCAAAAAGAGCAACCGGUAUAUUGGAUCCAGGACCAACCGGACCGAGCUACCCUUGCCAGGGACGAACUUCUGGAUAUUUUAUCCGAUGCCAGGACCGUAGCUCCCCUAGUUUUAACCGGACUGUAUCAUGCUGCCGCAAAUUAUCAAACGUAUUUUUACGUUUUUAGUCAUAAGACUAGUUCUAGAAAUUACUUGAGAAAUUUAAGUUUUACCGGGGAAGAGUUGCCUUAUGUGUUCGGGGUUCCUAUCGAGGGUCCCAAGUUUCAUUUCCAGGACGUCCGUUAUACCGAGGACGAAAGAAGACUCAGCAUGACGUUAAUGGAGUGUAUUGCGAAUUUUGCUAGUACCGGGAAUCCAGCUGUGCCGAGGAAGGAUUACACCAAAGUUAACUUUAGCGAGUGGCAUCAGUUCUAUCCAGACUGGUUUCAGUUUAACAAGGAGGAACAAUUUUAUUUAAAAUUUGAUAUUCCGAUCACCAGGGAACAAUUCUACCGAAAAGAACAGAUGGAGUAUUGGAUCAACUCAUUUCCUCACAUCCUCAACUUUUCACAAAACCCUUUGCCGUGGAACACAUAUAAUGUAAAACCCAGUAACCCAAGAGAUAAAUAUGAAAAUUUUAACAAAGGCUUUGGUAAUUUAAAAAGAAUUGGCAAUAGUGCCGAAACUGACCCGUUCAGGAAUCGUGAAACCUUCGGCCAUAUACUGACCUCGCCGCCAGAGGAGGUUCGUCAAAGCUCCUCAACUAUUAGCAUUUUAGUAGUCCUUGGUGGAAUGUUUCUGUUGGCAAACCUGGUAUUCUUUACAUUUCUUUAUAUUAGGUGCAUUAGAAAUAAAAAACCUAGCCAGGAUAACCAGGAAACACCAGAAGAUGAACCUGAAGAUGACGCAACGUUACUGCAGGGCUGCAACAUCGUCCAAAUGAUCCGAAAAAGCCAGGCAAUAGCAGAUGAUACUUACGACAAAGUACCAAGUGACUCCAAGGCCAAGUUGACUAGAGCGAUGUCGAACAGUACUAUUGAUGCACAUGCAAAAGUCCGUGAAUGGAUAACUAAUGAAAUAGUCUUAAAAUACAGUCCUAAAGUUAAGCGAAAGCCUGAAAAACAAAAAAAGAAAGAGAAGGUGAAGGAGAAAGAACAGCAGCCUACUAAGCCUAUGUUAAUCAAGACGGCAAGUAUUGACAGGUCUAAUAGGCGCAAAAGAGCUGAUAAAGUAUCUGUGGCGAUUGAUGCCACACCUUCCGGACGUGGUCCCAGUGUUUUAAUGCAAAAACCCAUUGAACUUUCCAGAUCUUUUGACUAUGCCAAGGCGUCCCCGCAGCCGCUUCGUAGAUCCGUUACUUUGGAAGACUUUACCUCACCUAAGAGCACAAGUAACAGUGAGUUAAGAAAAAGCAUUACAAACUUAGAUCUGGCAAAUCUAAAUGAACCUCAGUACAUUAAAAUUGAACACAAACACUCCAAAAGCGAUCCAGUCCAAGACGUAGACUACAGCGCCAUCAAGCGUUUAAAAACAUUUGAUCCAACCAACUUGGAUAUUAACGUCACUUCUAAAGACGACAAUCCAAAUAUCUUAAAUCCGUUGUCACCUGAAGAAGCUCUAAUGACGAUUAAAAGACGAAACUUCCCAAAAGUGUUGCCAGAUCAUCCAGGGCGACAAGCGUUUCUAAAUAAACGACGCAGUAUGCCUGUCCAUAACCUCUAUUUCCCACCUACUGAUAAACUGUUAUAUUCUAAUAGCGAGCCCUAUAGUCCAACUGGAAGAAACUUUAUAAGGUUUCCUCCAAUGCCUCCUCCAAGAACAACAACUCUAGGAAGGCAAGGAAGUAAUCCUCAGCCAGUAUGCAUUUCUGAGCCAAUGUUAGCAGAAGAGACUUGCUCUAGCCCUGAGCCAGAACUGUCUUGUAAUAACCUAUAUAUAGGCCCUCUGGUGCCUAAGGAAAGCAAGAAAAAAGAGCAAAAGGGCAUACCACGCGCUAUUAUUACUACCAACCCAAAUGAACCCAUAAAAAAGGUUGAUCCCAAAGUAAUUGUAAAACCCAGUAUUAUAAGGGCAAAGUGUGAAGACAAAGCAAAUCAUCCGAGAGUUGUGGUACCAGACAAUCGUCCAGAAGUGCAUGGGCAUAAACCUGAAGGUCUAUGUUUUAAAGACAAGACUGAUGAACAUAAAGAUAUAUCGGAUAAGAAAAAGAAAUCUCAUAUACCAAUGCUCGUGAAGAGCUCCAACACUAGUUUAAAUAAGGAUACGUCAAGUCCAGAGUCAAACUCAUCUAGUCCUGAUUCAAAUUCUCCUAGUUCUGAAGGAAGUGAUACUGGAACGGUGGUUAAAAGAGUAUAAAUGGAAAGUAAAACUGUCGGGAAAGCUAGGGCAUGACAUUUUGACUCAGCUCAUUCGAACAUUAGUUUUGUUGUAUAUUUUGUAUUCUCUUAUGGCAACUAAAAGAUUAAAAAUAAAACAGUUGAAAUAGAUCAUUAUUAUAGCUCUUUAUAAGGGUUAAAUUGAUUAUUGGUAUAAUUUAUGAAAUUAAUCAUUUAAGGUUUAGGUACGUUUUCAGGGUAAAUGUUUUAAAUUAUGUAAUUUUUCUUAAUUUCUAAUUCGUGUAUAAUUUUUGCAGAUUAGUGAUAUAUUAUUUAUUUUUGUAUAUAAAAGACUGAAAAAAAAUAUAUAAGAUUAAAUGUAAAUAAAUUGUGUUGUCGAUAUUUGAGCCAUUUAAACAGUAUUUAUUUUAGAAUUAACAACUAUUUAUUUAUAAAGAUUUUUUUAAUUAUUGUGAAUAAAAUUAGUCACAAUUGC